UUGUAAAAAAAACAAAUCAGUCAUAAAAAGAGCCAUUUUUAUUCAAUAUUGAAUUUUUAAGAUUGUCGAAAGUCCUUCGUACCUUCGCCAAGGAACUUGUGUACGCAACCAUAGGAGCUUUAUACCUACUUAUCGAUAAGAAUUUAGGUGCCCACCUCAAUUUCCAGGGUACCAACCCACCAACCCACUUUGUUGUUUAGCAAACGUCAUUCAACAAUUACUUCCUCAGCUUCCGGUAGACGUCUAAAGCUUUCCUCUACGUCGAAAACGGCGUUUCAAGGAACCAUGGCGUCUCCAGAUCUCGUGGAGGCCAUGCAAAAGCUCCACGUCAAAGACGAUAUUUCAAUCGACGAUAUCCUCUUUCAACAAGGUCCCCGUAAGCGAUUGAAACAAGAUCUGACGGCGCUCAAAGCCGAACUCGAACAAAAGUUCCUAACACCGUCCAAUACGUUUUCUACCGAAUGGCUCAACCGCCUGCAGCAACGAUGGGAUUGCCCUACAGAUUUGACCGAAUUAUUCCGUAUUGCGCCGACGCAGACUCGCACUGUCACACGGUUCCAGCGACAAGGGCUCGAGGGGAGGGUAACGGGAUACAAGAAUGUUACUAUACCUGCAAACAGCGCGACCGCCAAGAACUCUACUUCCCUCACGCGAAAGCCUGGUAGUCGAGCCGACUUCGUUCGCGGCGCGGCUGGUUUCUUUCCUUUUGCUCCUGGUGGUUUAGAGGGUGUUGAAGCGACUGCUGCCGUGGAGGAUCAGAUGAUACGUUCUAAUGGUACUGGCACUCAGAAUAAACUAGAGCGUGUUAUCAAGCUCGGCGCUGAAGGUGGACUUCUUGAGGUAGCUCCUGGUAUGGAGAGGGGUAUUGAUUUUAGCAAGAAGAAAUCCAAGGUCAAUGAGAAAGAAGCAAAAGCAAUCGAAGCGGAACUAGACCAAGAGCCGGAACAAGGUCCUGAGGCUGAAGAAGUGAACGGACAUGCGGGCACCAACGGCGUCGAAGAAGAACUCGAUGAGGAGGAUUCCGAAGAUAUCGAUACCUUAUUGCCAGUCGAGUUCCCAGCUCUAGAGCCGCACAGCAAUCUUGCGGCAUCCAGCGCUAGGAAGGCCGGUCGAGAAUGGGCUCACAUGGUGGAUAUUAAUCGCGAUAUUACCAAUUUCCGAGAGUUGGUUCCCGAUAUGGCUAGGGAAUGGCCAUUCGAACUCGACACUUUCCAGAAGGAAGCUAUAUACCAUCUCGAGGGUGGUGAUUCCGUUUUCGUCGCCGCGCAUACAUCAGCCGGCAAGACGGUUGUAGCCGAAUACGCAAUCGCCCUUGCCGCUAGGCAUAUGACCAAAGCCAUCUAUACCUCACCUAUCAAAGCUCUCAGUAAUCAAAAAUUCCGAGAUUUCCGACAAACCUUUGACGAGGUUGGUAUUUUGACAGGAGAUGUUCAGAUCAAUCCCGAAGCAAGUUGUUUGAUCAUGACCACCGAAAUUCUAAGGAGUAUGCUAUAUAGAGGCGCCGACUUGAUCCGAGACGUAGAAUUCGUCAUCUUUGACGAAGUUCAUUAUGUCAACGAUUUUGAGCGAGGUGUUGUUUGGGAAGAAGUCAUUAUUAUGCUGCCAGAGCAUGUUUCACUUAUCCUGCUCUCUGCUACUGUUCCGAAUACGUACGAAUUUGCCUCCUGGGUUGGUAGGACCAAAAAGAAGGAUAUAUACGUCAUUUCAACACCGAAGCGACCUGUUCCUCUCGAGCAUUAUUUAUGGGCUGGUAAAAAUAUUCACAAAAUCGUGGAUAGCGAUAAGAAAUUCAUCGAACGAGGAUGGAAAGAAGCAGACCAAGCGAUGCGUGGAAAAGACAAGGUUCUGCCUGCACCUGCUGCACGUGGCGGUGGCAACCAACGAGGAAAUCAACGGGGUGGUCCUCAGCGAGGCAGUCAACAACAACGCGGUGGUCAACGAGGUGGUGCCCAGCAAAGAGGCAGAGGAGGUCCUCCGCGAGCCAGCCAUGCACCUGGCCAUAUGGGUCGUGGUGGUCGAGGAGGGGGCUUCUCAUCGCUUAACCAAGACAAGAACUUAUGGGUUCACCUUGUGCAGUAUUUGAAACAGAACACUCUAUUGCCAGCUUGCAUAUUUGUCUUCUCCAAGAAGAGGUGCGAGGAGAAUGCAGACGCAUUAAGCAACCGAGACUUCUGUACCGCACAAGAGAAGAGCCAUAUCCACAUGAUUAUCCAGAAAUCGAUUGCUCGAUUACGACCCGAAGACCGAGUCCUGCCGCAGAUUAUUCGUCUGCGCGAACUACUGAGUCGUGGUAUUGCCGUGCACCAUGGUGGUCUUUUGCCAAUUGUCAAGGAAAUUGUGGAGAUUCUAUUUGCGCAGACUCUAGUGAAGGUUCUCUUCGCGACCGAGACAUUUGCUAUGGGUCUGAAUCUGCCUACAAGGACUGUCGUGUUUUCUGGUUACCGAAAACAUGAUGGGCACUCAUUCCGAAACCUUCUUCCAGGCGAAUACACUCAAAUGGCCGGCAGAGCUGGUCGUCGUGGACUUGACCCCGUUGGUUCUGUUAUCAUUGUUCCGCCCGGAAGUAUGGAUGAGGCGCCACCCGUUACCGACCUCCAGAAGAUGAUACUUGACCCGCCUAGUAAGCUGAGGUCUCAGUUCAGACUGACGUACAAUAUGAUCCUCAAUCUGCUACGAGUGGAGGCGUUGAAGAUCGAGGAAAUGAUUAAGCGCAGUUUCUCGGAGCAUGCCACUCAGCAAUUGCUCCCAGAACACGAGAAAGCUGUUAAACUCUCAGAAGCAGACUUGGCCAAAGUGAAACGAGAGCCAUGCCAGAUUUGCGAUGAAUCCCUAGAGAAAUGCCACCAGGCGGCGAUGAAUUACAAACAGCUUACGCAGGAACUUUAUAAAGGCCUUUUGACUAUACCGAUUGGCAAGAAGAUGUUUACACAAUCUCGACUUAUUGUAUGGAAUAAGGACGGUGUCCGAACCCCAGGAAUUCUCUUGUCACACGGUGUCAGCACGAAGACCUCCGAUGGGCAACCAACUAUUCAGGUGUUUGAAAUAAGAACAGAGCGUGAAACCCGCGAUUCGACCGAUAUCCUACCUUUCAUCGGCCAAUUCCGACCCCUACUCACGCCUCUUCCGCGCCGAGGGAAAUCUAUUCUUUCUAGGGUUGUUCACGUACCGCUUAGCGACAUCGAAUGCCUCACAGGAAAACUCACUACUGGGAUUGUACCUGAAUUUUUCGACCAUGGAGAGUCGCGUCGAAGAGCGAAAGAGCGAAUGUCGGCUAUCUGCGAUACUUGGGAUUCCCACCUAUGGGAUGAGGCUAGUUUCGCCAAAAUCAAGAGUUUGCCGUUGCAAGAGAUCAUCGAGAAGCGCAGGCAGGAGGAAGCGAUUAUUAAAGCUACCGCUACUGUGUAUUGUCGACACUUUUUGAAACAUUAUGCUAUGUGUCAUGAUCAAUGGCUUAUUAAAGAGCACAUUUCAUCGCUUCGUUCCGCCCUCGCGGAUCAAAACCUCCAAUUGCUGCCUGACUACGAGCAGCGUAUCCAAGUUUUGAAAGACCUAUCAUUUAUCGAUGCGGAUACCCGUAUUCAACUUAAAGGCAAAGUAGCUUGCGAGAUUCAUUCAGCUGAUGAGCUCGUCCUAACUGAGCUCAUUCUCGACAACGUGCUUGCAGAAUACGAACCAGCUGAAAUUGCUGCCUUGCUAUCAGCAUUCGUAUUCCAAGAAAAGACGGAGUCAAUACCCAACCUCACUGGUACCCUCGAGCGUGGUAUGAAGACGAUCAUCGAGAUCAGUGAGAAGGUCAACAACGUUCAGACAGAACACCAAGUUAUCCAAAGUGCAGAAGACAGCAAUGACUUCGUAUCACGCCCUCGCUUUGGACUUAUGGAAGUUGUGUAUGAGUGGGCGCGAGGUAUGAGUUUCAAGAACAUCACGGAUCUAACGGAUGUACUUGAAGGCACUAUUGUGCGCACUAUCACGAGGCUAGACGAGACAUGUCGCGAGGUGAAGAACGCAGCUCGCAUUAUCGGUGAUCCGGAAUUAUACCAGAAGAUGCAGACCGCGCAGGAAAUGAUCAAGAGGGAUAUCACUGCUGUUGCUAGCUUGUACAUGUAAUUCUCAUGUCAUUCAGGCAGGCGCUGAUGGAAGAUUUGGAGGUUUGAAAGGUUGAAAUGACUCAUUUAGCUGCAUGGUUGGGCGCGUUGCAUUUGAAAAGCAUGGAAAAACAUAGCUGGAAGGGGAAGGGUAUGAUUAUGAUUAUGACAUGAUCAAAUGGUAUGACAACUUUAUAAUGAAAUCAAACUCGCUAGUUGCGUCUUACUUUCUGAUAUUUGCAGUGACUAAAGUUUAGCAAGAAUGCCCCAUGUUUUACUUGACGUUAUCGCUUUGAGGUUGUCAUGACGAAGUUUCUACAUGGAUGACACUUGACCCCCUUUCCCGUCGUAGAUUGCUAUUUCAACA